AUGCUGGAGUCAAACCCAUUGCUAGCUCGUCGUGUCGCAGUCGCAUCCCUUAUUGUCGACACCCUAUUCCAGUCCUUAGCUCUGCUCGGAGACGCAGAAAGUUCAAGAUCAUCACCGUCGGCGAUUUAUGUUGCAUAUGCACCACAUCCAUACGCCCCAAUUGGCCUGUUCUCUGCGGGCCUCAUUCUUCAGAUCCAAUGGCUUCUGAGACUCUCAUUGCCAUCAAAGGAAUUCGACGAGGAGGAGGAGACGUCCGCCAUUCCGCUAGAGAUUACGCCCACCAAUUCGGAAAGCAGCAUCGACAAUGCAAGCGGAGAACUGUCGGAAAGAACUGAUUCUCAGCCUGCGAAUGACGCCCACAAAACAGAAGAAAUAGAUGAUGAUCUGCUUUUACGCGACGAAGUGGACGAUGUUACAUACUUCAACACUCACGAGCCGGCGUACUUAGGGUAUCUCCCUUUCUAUGUCAUGGGGUGCUUCCUGCAAGCGGGGUGGGCAGUCCUCUGGAUGACACGACACUAUGACUACUGUGCAAUGUUUCUGCUUUUAAAUCUGGCUAUCGAGGCGUAUGCCCUAUUCUGGAUUUUGGGAGGCUCUAAAAAUCACCGAUAUCCACAAUCAAACAUAUUUACUCACCUAAUUGUGAAAAUCAAGAUCGCCACCUCAGUGUUGUACCUUUGGAAAACUUGGGGAGCUGUGGAUAUUUUACCACCACCAUCAGCCUCAGAAGGAAUAGUUACCUGUACAUUUUUUGUUUGCCUGGCUUUAGCAUCAGGACCGGAUCCAACAUUAGGAUUCCUGCUGGCCAUCGUGUUGCUUGGCCUUGCCACAGGACAGAAUCAUUACUUUGAGUGGAGCCUGCUUUUUGGUUGGACGUGUAUGUCGGUAUCCAUUGUCGUCGCCUUGGAUUGGGCAUUUGGGGUGAAGAGUCGUAGAAUACUGAUGCCACAGUUGGCAAGGUUCGAGGAAGGAACGGAAAGGCUUCUUGUGAAUCGGCAGAAUGGUUUAUAG